AUGAAGAGGCUUGGAUUGUGUGGCCAUGCCCGAAGCGGGGCACUGCGGUGGCGGAGGAGCUCACAUGCUAGCAACCCGUUUUCCCUUUGCAAUGUCGGGUCGGCUGUUCAGCCACUUGCUUCAUCUUCGUGUAGUGGCCGCCAAUUUCACGAUGUGGUGAAGUCUCUCGAAGAGCGAGGCUUCAUCUACCAGACCACGUUCUCCUCUGCCGCCCCUGCAGGGGCAUCGCCCACCUCCGCUGCCGCAGGGGAGGGGAAGGGGUCCGUCUACGUCGGAUUUGAUCCGACCGCGGAGAGCCUGCACGUGGGCAAUCUGCUCGGCCUACUCGCUCUUCUCCACUUUCAGCGAGCUGGCCACCGCCCCAUCGCCCUGGUGGGCGGAGCGACGGGUCGGAUCGGGGACCCGAGCGGGCGGGCCACGGAGCGUGCGCUGCUGGACGAGGCCACGCUGGAGCGCAACGUGCGGGGCAUCGAGUCGUGCCUCCGGCAGCUCGACACCGAAGGCGGCCCGGCGUUCGAGAUCGUGAACAACUUCGACUGGUACCGCGGCAUGAACGUGCUCUCCUUCCUCCGCGACGUGGGCAAGCACUUCCGCCUCGGCACCAUGCUCGCCAAGGAGAGCGUGCGGUCUCGCAUGGACCGCGACGACAACGAGGGCAUGAGCUUCACCGAGUUCAGCUACCAGGGCUACGACUUCCUGAACCUGUACCGAACAGAGGGAUGCCGACUGCAGCUGGGCGGGUCCGAUCAGUGGGGCAACAUCACCGCCGGCUGCGAUCUGAUCCGCAAGGUGGAGGGAGUGGAGGCGCACGGGGUGACCAUUCCGCUGCUCACCACGUCGACGGGCGAGGAGGUGGGCAAGAGUGCCGGCAACGCCGCCGUGUGGCUCUGCCCCACGCGCACCUCCCACUACGAGUUCUACCAGUACUUCCGCAACACCCGCGACGCCGACCUCCGCCGCUUCCUGAAGCUGUUCACGCUGCUUCCCCUGCCCCGGAUCGAAGAGAUUGCCCAGGCGCACGACCUGCGUCCAGAGGAGCAUGCCGGACAGAAGGUGCUGGCGGAGGAGGUGACGCGGCUGGUGCGUGGCGAGCAGGGCCUUCACACCGCCCUCAAGGCCACGCGGGUGAUGUUCGGCGACGAGCCCGUCGACAGCCUCCCGCCAUCAGAGCUGUUGGCGGUGCUGAAGGACGUGCCGUCGGUGACGCUGCCGCGGUCGUCGGUGGUGGGUCAGCCGCUGUCGGGUCUCAUGGUGGCGUGCCGCGCGACGGCCUCCAAGGGCGAGGCCAGGCGGCUGGUCAAGGGCGGCGGGGUCUACGUCAACAGCAAGCGCGUCCCGAACGACGACUACCAGGUGGGACCCGACGACGUGCUCGGCGACGCCCUCUGCGUGUUGCGCGUUGGCAAGAAGUCCUACUUCCUCGUCAAGCUCACCCCGCAGUAG